GUCGUCUAUACGUCACAGCGGCUGUGUUUCCCAUUGUCCACAUAACAUGCUGCUAAAAGGAGAGCCGCCUUGUUCCUUGUAUUAAAAACGAACUACAAAUGGACCGCAGUCUGAAGCGCCGGCAGGUGAAGCCCCUCGCUACCUCCCUCUUAGAUGCCUUGGAUUAUGACAGCUCAGAUGACAGCGACUUUGAAGUGGGAGAUGCUUCAGGGUCGGACGGCACAGGCAACAACAGCGACGAGGAAGGGUCUAAAGCCAGCGCUGCGGGUUCAGGGAGCGACGAGGACAACGACGCUGGUUCUGCAGACGAUGGCAUAGACGAAGAGGAGGCCAAAGACCUGGCUGCUGACGACAACUGCACUGAAGAUGAAGGGAAGACCAAACAGCAGGCCUCCUCGGACAGCUCCACCAAAGACACCACCACCGCCACCCCACCCAAAAGCCGACGCAAGAGCAAGAAGACGGCGGAGCCCGAGCCUCCGCCAGAGCCGGAGGCGGAGCUAAAGACGGAGCCUGAGCCCGAGCCGAAGCUGGAGCUGGAGCCCGCUGCAGGGGCCGGCACUGAAUCUACCUCGACAUCCGGGUUUGGCAGUGCGAACACAGAGGAAUCUCAGGCCGAGCCCAAGAAAUGGAAUUUCCGCAGGAAUCGCCCACUUCUGGACUUCACCACGAUGGAGGAACUGAACGAGAUGGACGACUAUGACAGCGAGGACGACAACGACUGGAGACCCACGGCGGGGAAGAAGAAAGGCAAAGCAGCUGCUCAGAAAGGAGGGCCUGAGGAGGACGGGGGCAGUGCUAGUGAGGAUGAUGACGAGGACGACGAUAACGAGGAUGAGGACGACGACGACGAGGACGACGAUGAUGAUGAUGAUGAAGACGAUGACAAGGAGGACGGUGAUGGCGAAAAAAACAACAACAACAGUAGCAGUGAAAGUGACAAAGAUAUGAAGAAGCUCAAGAAGAAGACUAAGAGCACCAAUGCUUUUGAUGAAGAGUUGACUAACGACAGCGUGUCCCAGGGAAAAGGCAAUGAGAUUCCCCAGGAUGCCUUGCUGGACCGGUCCCAAACCUGGAGCACUCAGCACAUCCUCAUCUGCUGCGUCUGUCUGGGAGACAACAGCGAGGACGCAGAUGAGAUCAUCCAGUGUGACAACUGUGGGGUGACGGUGCACGAAGGAUGUUACGGCGUGGACGGCGAGAGCGACUCCAUCAUGAGCUCUGCCUCAGAGAAUUCGACAGAGCCGUGGUUCUGUGACGCCUGCAAGAACGGAGUGACUCCCAGCUGUGAGCUGUGCCCCAACCAGGACGGCAUCUUCAAAGAGACGGACGCCGGGAGAUGGGUGCAUGUGGUCUGUGCACUUUAUGUUCCCGGCGUAGCAUUUGGAGACAUCGAUAAACUACGACCAGUGACGCUCACAGAGAUGAAUUAUUCAAAAUACGGGGCCAAGGAGUGCAGUUUCUGUGAGGACGCACGCUUUGCCCGGACCGGUGUUUGCAUCAGCUGCGAUGCAGGAAUGUGUCGCUCCUACUUCCAUGUCACCUGUGCACAGAGGGAGGGGCUCCUGUCUGAGGCUGCAGCAGAGGAGGAUAUUGCCGAUCCGUUUUUUGCGUACUGCAAACAGCACGCUGACCGCUUUGACAGGAAGUGGAAAAGGAAGAAUUAUCUGGCUUUACAGUCGUACUGCAAAGUCUCCCUGCAGGAGAGAGAGAAACAGCUCACUCCUGAAGCCCAGGCCCGAAUCACUACCCGCCUGCAGCAAUACAGGGCAAAAGCAGAGCUGUCCAGGAACACUCGGCCUCAGGCGUGGGUGCCCCGGGAGAAGCUGCCGCGACCCCUGACCUCUAGUGCCUCAGCCAUCAGGAAGCUGAUGAGGAAAGCGGAGCUGAUGGGCAUCAGCACCGACAUUUUCCCCGUGGACACGUCCGACGCCAACGCCAGCCUGGACGGACGCAGGAAGCAUAAGCAGCCCGCCCUCACAGCAGACUUCGUCAACUACUACCUGGAGCGAAACAUGCGAAUGAUCCAGAUCCAGGACAACAUCUCUGAACAGAAGAACUUAAAAGACAAGCUGGAGAGCGAGCAAGAAAAACUGCACGUGGAGUACAACAAGCUCUGCGACUCCCUGAAGGAGCUGCUCAAUGUGAACGGAGAGCUGCGGAGUGACGGCCAGGCCAUGUGGACUCUGCUGGGAGGCAUCCUGGGCCAGAAACUGAACACCCCAGCUGUUCUGAAAGCCCCAAAAGAGAGGAAGCCCAGCAAGAAGGAGGGAGGAUCCCCAGGGAAAUCAUCCAGCCUGCCAGCAAUCCUCUACAGUUGUGGCAUCUGUAAGAAGAACCAGGACCAGCAUCUGCUGGUGCUGUGUGACACCUGCAAGCUCUACUACCACCUGGGCUGCCUGGAGCCACCACUCACACGCAUGCCCAAGAAGACCAAGAACAGCUACUGGCAAUGCUCCGAGUGUGACCAGGCCAGCAGCGAUGAGGCCGAUAUCGCCAUGGAGACGCUGCCAGACGGCACCAAGAGGUCCAGGAGGCAGAUCAAAGGACCGAUCAAAUUCAUCCCACAGGAGAUGUCCCCGGAGCCCAAGAAACAUCAAGUGAGAGGCACGAGAACCAGAGGGCAGAAGAGGAAGAGGGUUCCCAUCGGGGAAGACAGAGAAGAGAAGAUGGAGGAACCACUGCCACGGGAACGCCGACAACGGCAGUCUGCAAUGCAGAAAAAACCCAAAGCUGACGACACGAGGACCGAGUGCACAACCUGCAGAGGACCGGGUGACAACGAGAACCUUGUGAGGUGUGACGAGUGCCGGCUCUGCUAUCACUUCGGGUGUCUGGACCCCCCGCUGAAGAAAUCCCCCAAGCAGACGGGGUAUGGCUGGAUCUGCCAGGAGUGUGACACAUCCUCCUCCAAGGAGGAAGAAGAGGAGGAGGAGGAGGAAGAGCAGGAGCAGCAGGAGCAGCUGGAGGAAGAUGACGCUGUUAAAGAGGAAACAGUGGAGCAGGAGAUUCCAAACUGAACCCGAGCGAGCGGACACGAACACACCACUGCUCUGUGGCUUCACCUCCAGUCUUAGCAUUUCUGUUCAGACUACAGCACACGUAACUUUCUACUAGCCCCCCAAAGUUUCUAGAUGCCCAGCAGGUAGCUUCCACCCCACAUAGUUUAGCAAGCAGAGGAGUAUUUUAGAAUAAAACACUAUUUAAGAUUGAGAUAUCUUGAGAUUUAAGGGAAGAGUUUGUACUUUUUAUGAACGAGAUCUCAGACCAUGAAAGCAUCACACACCCCACUUCACUUCUACAGCAGAGGCAUGUGUCUGUCUGUGGACGGCCAGCCAGCGGACGUGUUUAUGACACUUUCCACGCAAUCUAUUUUCAUACACUAAUGAUGAUCAGACAGUGUGUCCACACAGAGUAUCCUCACUGUCCUGUUUACAAGAUAAAGCGAGCAGAGUGCCGAGCACGCUGACGUCAGCAGUGAAGCGUCCUUUCACCGUCUUCGCACACAUUUCACUUGACAUUUGACUGGAGGAUUUUAUUUUUAUAUUUCAUGCAUAUCUUCUUUCUUCCCCCAUUUAAAACAUCAACUUGUUUUCUCACUAAUUGACAGAAGUAUUGAGUCUGUUUUUUAAUCUUUGAUUUACAGUAUCUUUACGUGCUACAUACCAAUCUAUUUUGUCAUUGGAUUUGUAAUAAAAUCUCCCAUGUUUGAUUGUU